GCUCUUGAUAUUGAUGGCAUGGAUAUGGAAAUUGACCUCUCUAACCUUGGAACGGUUAAUACAAUGUUUGCAGCAUUAUUCAGCAAGCUAGGUGUCCCUAUCAAGACUACUAUUUCUGCUAAUGUUCUUGAAGAAGCUUUAAGCGGGACUGUCACGGUCAGACCUCUUCCAAUUGGGACAUCAGUUAGUGGAAAGGUAGAAAAGCAAUGUGCCCACUUCUUUGGUGUAACUAUCAGUGACGAGCAAGCUGAGUCAGGAAUUGUAGUUAGAGUUACUUCUGCUGCACAAAGCAAAUUUAAGCUUCUUUAUUUCGAACAAGAUGUUAAUGGUGGAUAUGGUUUGGCUUUACAGGAAGAUAGUGAGAAGACUGGCAAAGUGACAUCCGCAGGGAUGUAUUUCUUACAUUUUCAAGUGUACAGAAUGGAUUCAACUGUGAAUGCAUUGGCAAUGGCAAAGGACCCAGAAGCUGCUUUCUUCAAAAGGUUGGAAGGCCUUCAACCAUGUGAAGUUUCACAAUUAAAAGCUGGCACUCACAUAUUCGCCGUCUAUGGCGAUAACUUCUUCAAAACUGCUUCUUAUACGAUUGAGGCUCUUUGUGCAAAGUCAUAUGAGGAUACAACAAAUAAGCUUAAGGAUGUUGAGGCUCAGAUUUUGAGGAAGAGAAUUGAGCUACGGCAAUUUGAGACAGAAUACAGAAAGGCAUUGGCACGCUUUCAAGAGUGACCAAUAGAUACACCCAGGAAAGGCUGUCCUGUAAGUUUU